AUGGGGGGGGGGAAGAUGAUCUUCCCCAACGCGGCCUCCCUGAACCUGCCGCCCACCCGCUUCGCGCUUAAAGCGCGGCCCUACUUCAUCGGGCUGCUGGGAGUGCAAGCCCUGCUGAUGGUGGCCAGGUUUCUGAUCUUAGACGUCUGGGGAGCCCUGCUGUCGCUGCUGAUUCUGACCUUGGGGACCUUCGUCCUGGCCACCGGAGCAGGGGUGGACACGGGCUAUUGCCUCUACUACGGACUCAUGUGCCUGGUGAACGGGAUCUUCGAUGCCAUCCUCUUCUUGGAGAGGGCGGUCCAUGUGAAGUAUCCCUUGUUUUCAAGGCAUGCACCAGCGGUCUUCAACGCCGCUUCGGGCGUCUUCUUGGUCUGCCCAAUCAUCGAAUUAGCUGCGGCGUCUCGGUGCAUUGUGAGAUGGACAUGGUGA